GCUGCUGAUCAGUUAGGAUUCAUUUUGUUUCUAAGCGGGUGCCAGAAGGACCAGGGAAAGGUUGGAUGCAGUGGGUCAGGAAAGCUUAGGAAAAAGACCAUCCCCAUCCCCCUCUAUUCCUUUUGCAAGCCAAGGGGGAUGCCUUUCUCCGUGGAGGAGCCAACUGCGCAUGCCUAACCGGAGUUCUUGCCCCCAGUCUCUGUGAAGAAGGCUGGCCUCGGCUUAGGGGAGAGCAAAGCCCCUAGCCCCUGCUGCUGAAGAUGCGCGUAUCCUGCGCAGAGGAUUGGAGGAGAAGGCGCCCGUGCGACUGCCUGUCCUCCGCCGGGCUGCACGAGAGUAACAGGUCCCAGCGGCUCUGAUCGGCUCCCAUCACAGGAGAGCAGACUCUCUCCCCUCAUUUGCAGCUGGAGCAGAUGCCGCUGGGCUGGGGGCGGGGCCAGCGCCGUUGGAAACAUCUGGGCGGCGGCGGAGGCAGGGAGCUGUCCAAGGAGGGCGGCGCUCUCCAUGGUGCUGAAAGUCGCUCCCGCGGGACCCCCGGCAGGCGCUCAGAGGGAGGCUCACCAGACAAAGGCAACAGGAUCGCUGCCUUCCCCCGGCGCCGCCUCCCGCCGCGAUCCUGUCGCCCAGUCGACCCCGGAGUGUCGGCAACGAGGCGCCCGGCUUCGCCCUGCUCGCUCGGAGUAAUGGCUGCCCUGACCCAGGUGGCCUCCGCUUCCUCCCUUCUGGUGGUCUUGUGGGCUGGCAUCUGCUCUGCAGUCUGUGUCAAAGUGCCAUCAGAGACUGAGGCAGUCCAGGGGACUCACAUGAAGCUGCUGUGCAUUUCCUGCAUGAAACGAGAAGAAGUCAGUGCCAAUACUGUGGUGGAGUGGUUCUACAGGGCUGAUGGAGAUGUGGCGGAUAAGCCCAUUUAUGUGUAUGAGAAUGAGAAACAGCCAAUCCUGCUGCCACAGACCCAGUUCAGCGGGCGGCUGAUGUGGAAUGGGAGCAAAGACAUGCAAGAUGUGUCCAUCUCUGUGCGCAAUAUCUCUCUGAACGACUCGGGGGUCUACACCUGCAAGGUCAACAGGACACUUAACUUCGACAUCUAUCAGCACACCGUUACCACCUCAACCCUGAUCCAUCUCACAGUUGUGGAGAAGGCUGGAGAAGAUUUCACGUCGGUCAUCUCGGAAAUUAUGAUGUAUAUCCUUUUGGUUUUCCUCACCCUGUGGCUUCUGAUAGAAAUGGUUUACUGCUACAGGAAAGUCUCCAAAGCAGAGGAGGCAGCCCAGGAAAAUGCGACUGACUACCUCGCCAUCCCGUCGGAGAACAAGGAGAACUGUGCUGUACCUGUGGAGGAGUAGAAAGUGAAACCCCCGGGUAUGGUUUGCUACCAAAGUUAGAGACAUUCUUGUUGGCAGAGCCUUGUGAGCAAUACUUAGGAACCCCACCACCGCGUUUUGAGAACGAGCAUUGCGCAUGGUCGCCUGCGUGUGCACGUCUGCACGGUGGCUGCUCCUGUGCGAGGGUGAUGCAUUCCACACGUGCAACUUCUUGGCCAGUCUUUGGAAAGAGUAUGAUGAAUCACACACCUUUAUCUUGUCUCCAAGGAGUCUCCAUCUGUCCUGCCGCCAGGUUUGUGGGAGUCCAAUAAUCAGAGGAAGAGGACCAAAGAAAGAGUGUAAAUCCAUUUCUGCUUGUCUGGGACAUUGCACAGCUUUGACUUCAUGGCUCCCAUCAUUGAACUGUCAGCCCCAUUUGCUACAGAAUUCUCCUUUGACGCAUGCUCAGUCAAAGGGGAAAGGACAGAGCCACGCCUUCCUCGUCAUCUCCCUUAACAGCUUUGUAAAUAAGCUUAUCUCUCACCAAUGCACUUGUGGGGGGGUGGCUUUCAGACAUUCCAGUUCCCUUGGAACAAAACAAGCAUCCUGCACUUCCCAACAUUCAAGUGACAUUCGUCCAACAGCUGUUGCAUUUGUGUUCAUGCAUAUUAGCACAUUAAUGUUCAACCAGUGGCCCUGGAAGCUUAUCACAGCUCUCCGGGGCAGCAAAGAUAUAUGUUUUUGGCUGAUGUCAUCAUAAUCAUGGAGGGGAGGAGGGAAGAACCACGGGAGGGCGCAUGUAAGGCUAAAACAGUUUUUAAUAUGGGCAUGCAAAGAGAAAAAUGGUUUUUAAUAUGGUUGUUCAUGAAACUGUGUUGUAAUUGAGAAAAUGAUCAAAGAGCCGGAGAUAUUUCUGGGGUGCAUUCUUGCCGUGCGAGAAGGGGUGAUAAUACUGUACAGCAUGUCAAAUUUGCAUUUGGAGGGGGUGGGACAUCAUAAAGCACCUUUUAUUUGCAUAAUAAGCGACUUCCAGAUUGUGACACGCCAUGGUAUGUCACGUCACUGUGUUUAGAGCAGAUGGUAUUUCGAGUUAGCUGCCAGUUCAGUGAUUUAGUAGAACCUAGAUAGGCAUUUUUUUUUAAAAAAGCGUUACCAGUCAGGCAGAAGGGGGGCUUGUCAGUGGCCGUUUUGUAGGUGAAUGUGAUAGAUGUUGAAGUCUCCUGGCUGCUUUGUAAGAUCCUGACAGGCAAGACACCUGAGAACGAGGGACCUUCAUCCCAUGCCCUUUCCAUUCUGUCCUAAAGCUGUGAAAGCACAGUGGAAAACUCUCCUUGGAUAGAACUUCAGUUAAGUAGCAGUUUCAUGUUGCAGUGCAAGAGGACUAGUGUCUUGAAAAGGCAAAUGUGUAGGUUCCUUAUGCAGAGAAGUUAUAACAGGAGAAUUCAAACCUGCCAACACUUAAAGGCACAGAAACUCUCUUGGAAGGAGUCACUGGCAUUAAUAUUGGCCAACAUGUGAAGAGAGGAACGAGGGAAUGAAGUCCCCAAGUACCUUUGUACCAAUUGGACAGCCAAUGUUUUACAUUAAAUGACCUCAAAUCCAAA